UCUGUUGGACUGCACGUCUCGAGACAACUUGUAGCUAGGUAGUUAGCCACCUAGCUAAAUUACUAGAAAUAGCUCACGUUUAUUUAGCACAGGCUACAUAGAGUGCGGCAGUAAUUCAAGGUGCUCAGACAGCAACGACACAGGUCCCGUCCUGCUCGUUGGAUCCGAGCUUCAGGAUAGGGAAGCAAAGCGAGGAGGCAGCUGCCGCCGGUGCAGCGAGCCUGGUGGACAAAAUGUCAGAGAGUCCGGAGAAAAGCGCCUCAGUGUCAGCUCAGGAGCUGAAGGAACAGGGGAACCGCCUCUUUCUGAACCGCAAGUACCUGGAGGCUGCUGCCUGCUACAGCAGAGCCAUAACCCACAGUCCCUCUGUCCCAGCGUACUACACCAACAGAGCGCUGUGCUACGUGAAGCUGCAGCAGUACGACAAAGCUCUGUCGGACUGCAGACACGCUCUGGAGCUCGACGGCCAGUCAGUCAAAGCUCACUUCUUCAUGGGUCAGUGUCACCUGGAGAUGGAGAAUUAUGACGAAGCCAUCGGCAACCUGCAGAAAGCGUUUAACCUGGCGAAGGAGCAGCGGCUGAACUUUGGCGACGACAUUCCCAGCGCUCUGCGGAUAGCGAAGAAGAAACGGUGGAACAGCCUGGAGGAGAGGAGGAUCAACCAGGAGAGCGAGCUGCACGCCUACCUCACCAAACUCAUCCAAGCUGAGAAAACGAGGGAACUGGACGGCUGCAGACAGAAACAAGACGACAAGACGGACGACAGCAGAACCCAACACAGUCUGAACGAGAUCCACACAAAACACGACAAGUAUCUGUCAGACAUGGAGGAGCUGUUCUGUCAAGUGGACGAGAAGAGGAAGAAGCGUGAGAUCCCGGACUUCCUGUGUGGAAAGAUCAGCUUCGAGCUGAUGAGAGAGCCCUGCAUCACUCCCAGCGGCGUCACGUAUGACAGAAAAGACAUUGAAGAGCACCUACAGCGAGUCGGACAUUUUGACCCGGUGACGCGCACCCCGCUGACCCAAGAUCAGCUCAUCCCGAACCUGGCCAUGAAGGAGGUCAUUGAUGCUUUUAUUUUGGAGAAUGGAUGGGUGGAGGACUACUGACCGAUGAGAGGAAGGAAGGGAAGUGAUGUUGAUCAGUGUGUUCGCUCACAUGUGCUUCAGUUGUAGCCUUUCAGCCAAUCAGAGGGGCUGCCGCCCUGCCAUCGCUUUAACUUCAGUUUAGAGUUUAAGAAACGUUCCCAGCUGCAACAAAUCACAAGCUCUGUGAAAGCUGAAGGCUUCACGCUGGCCUGGAUCCGAUUUACUGUCCGUGUUUUAACGUUGUUCUUACAGAGAAGUUACAGAGCGAUUCACAGGACAAAGAACGAGGAAAGAGAGACGGAGAACAGAGAAGAACGGCAGGAAUGAAGGUUCCUCAAGCCACAAAAUCAAAGUUCUAAAAUCCAGAAAAAGCCAAAGACUGAAAAAGUGACGUGCAAUUCACCUGAGGCGCCACUAGAGGUCGCUGUAACGUAAACGUUUCAGCAGAGGUGGACGUGUACUCCCAUCAGCAAUACUGCAGUAGAAAAAUACUCUGUUACAAAUAGAUGCUUAAAGCUAAAAUAGUAGAAAUCCACUGAAGUAUCAAAAGUGGAAGUACUCGUUCUGCAGAACGGCCCCUUUCAGCUUAUUUCACCAUGAGCGACGCUUUAACUGCUGCAGCUGCUGGAGGUCCCUGCAAACCCUUCAUCAUCGUUUUCAUUUCAGCUUUUUUCUCAGAUUUGUGUUAAAAGUCCUUUUUUGAAGACUAACUUGAAACUCCAGCUGUCACACAGACGUCGUGCAGUAAAACACCUCUGAAGUGGAGCGCGGGGGGGGCGUUUAAAGUAGGAUCCAAUGAAAAUACUCCAGCAUACUACAAGUACUUCUAAACUCGUACGGUGUGUGACCGACACGGACGUGAGCAGAAUGUUUCCUGUUCGUCAAACAAAACGCUGCUGCAGCCUCGCUAAUCGAUCGCAGAGCAGCCGAUUCUGAGCACCAAAUCCCACCGCAGUUUGAUGCACUUUGAAAAUCUUGUGUUGUUGGAAAUAGAUUGUGACAAAGAAGCACUUAAAGUUUAACCCCCAGAGGUCAAAGGUUCAGCACUGAAAUACGCAACAAUCAGAACUAAAACGGCCCCUCAGAGGUUUUUCCUUUGCUGCAACAUCCAGAAUAAAUACUGUUCAGUAUGGCCUCAGCCCGGCGUCUGAGGACGUCUCUGUGAUCAGCAGGCACUGAUUGGUAGUUGAUCAUCAGUUAUCAUGUAUUGAUCCACGCUGCGGCUCACAGAAUGAACAAACUGCUGAAUGCAAUCAGAUCACGCGCUUUAAGUACUCAGAUUAAAUAUGAAAAUUGCCGGCGCUGCUCAUUAUUUCACGUGUAAAUGUGCUAAAGUGUUGCGUUUGCUGGCAAACUAAAAGAAGGGAAACCGCAGCGCUGCAGCCGAGGGAGACGGGGUGUUCUGGUUCUGGUCGGAAACCUUCAUCAGUGCAUUGAGACGUGAAUGAAAGAUGAAAGUUUGCAUCUUAUUUUCUGUUUUUUAUGACUGGACUCUGGUGCAGCUUGUGAUUGUUUUUACAGUUUCCUUGUUGAUUGUUGAGUCUUUUUAAUUGUUGCUGUGUUUUAACACCAGGUUUGCACAGACAGUAUAUAUAUAUAUAUAUAUAUAUAUAUCAUUGUACACCAGUUUUCAUACUGGAACCUGAUAUCAAAACGAAGCCUGACGAGUCCUUUAACGAUGUCUUUCUGUUUAAAUGUGACAGUUACAAUCCAGCUUGGACUCAAUCAAGUGAAAGUCUGAUUUUCUGUGUUUCUUAAAGCCUCCGAUGACAAACUGAAGGGAGCAGAUUUACUUCUUCUCUUUCUUUUCUGUCACUGAAUCAGUUUGUUUGUUCAGUUUUCAGUCAGACUGCACAGGAAAACCUGCUGCACAAAAACAUUCAAUGUUUGAAAAUGUGAUUAAAAAAAUAAAUGU